UCUAAUUAAGCACCAGAGAGAUCAAGAUCACCUACUACUACAUAUCUCAAUAUAGAGUUAUAUAAUUAACACGUAAUAUAGGAAUGGAGUGCCUACAAGAGUGGCCGGAGCUCGUUGUUCCGGUCCAGGCGCUGUCAGAGAGCGGCGUAUCGGCCGUCCCCGACUGCUACGUCAAGCCGCUCUCCGACCGCCCCACGGGGCUCUCCUCCCCUACCGGCCAUGAACCGAACAUCCCCAUCAUCGACCUCAGCGGCUUAUCGGGCGGCGCCGUCGCGUGCCGCGCCACAAUUCAGGCCGUGGCCGCCGCGUGCCGCGACUGGGGGUUCUUCCAAGUCGUGAACCAUGGGAUCGGCCCCGAUGUCAUCGGGCGUGUCCGUGCGGCAUGGCGCGGCUUCUUCGACAGGCCGAUGGAGGAGAAGCGGCGGUACGCGAACUCGCCGAGGUCGUACGAGGGCUACGGGAGCCGGCUGGGCGUCGAGAAGGGCGCCGUCCUCGACUGGGGCGACUACUACUUCCUCCACCUCCUCCCCGCGGAGAUCAAAAGUCAGGAGAAGCGCUGGCCAGAGAACCCAGCGUGGUGCAAGGCCGCGACUGAGGAGUACGGUCGGGAGGCGGCGAAGCUCUGCGGGGUGCUGACGAAGGCGAUGUCGAUAGGGCUGGGGCUCGACGCCGAAUUCCUGGGGCGGGCGUUCGGCGGGGAGGACGAAGCCGGCGCCUGCUUGAGGGUGAACUACUACCCCAAGUGUCCGCAACCGGAGCUCACGCUGGGGCUCUCCGCGCACUCCGACCCCGGCGGCUUGACCGUCUUGUUGGCCGACGAGCGCGUCGCCGGACUUCAGGUCCGUAAAGGUGACUCGUGGGUCACGGUUAAGCCCCUGCCCGGUGCACUCAUUGUCAACGUGGGGGACCAAAUUCAGGUACUGAGCAACGCGACGUACAAGAGCGUGGAACAUCGGGUGGUGGCGAACGCGGCGGCGGAGCGCCUCUCCCUCGCCUUCUUCUACAACCCGCGGAGCGACCUCCCGCUCGGCCCCGCACGCGAGCUGGUCACGCCGGACCGCCCGCCGCUCUACCAGCCCAUGACCUUCAACGAGUACCGGCUCUACAUCCGGAAGAACGGUCCGCGGGGCAAACAGCAGCUCAAGUCGCUUUCUCGAGGCCAAGUUACAAAUUAAAUUGAAUAAGCAAAAUGCAUAUAUAUACUAUUAUAUAGUAUAUAUAGUCUUUGUACUAUUCUGAUACUACGAACACUACUUAGUUUCUGAACAUUUCGCUGAAAUAUUUUAGUUCGAAGUACUAAAACAAGAAACUUAUUAGUGUAUAAUAUGAAAAGUUUAGAGACUAAAGUGCUGCGAUAUCACGAUAGUGCGGGGACUAUCAUGCAUUUUACAUCAAAUGUAUUUGUGUUGAUUGUAACAGCUCCUGUUAUUGUACCAUAUCACAUAUUCCUAAUGUUAAUAAGCACAUGCUUUGAAUUUCGUGCGCC